UCGCCCGACCUGUCAGAGGAUAAGGGUCACGUCACAUCCGACAUCUAUUGGGCCAUCACGUCUGACCCACGUGAUACCUCGCUCUUUGCGCCGUUUGGUUCUAUCUUGUGCUUCGCCUCUCUUUGUUCUUUGGUAUAUCACAGCUUAGGAUCUUGCCACCUAGCCCUGUGGAUUAUCUACACCUACAUUUAUGCCCCUUCUUUCGCUAGUGUGCUUGACACGAGGGAAAGAAAAUCGCUCCACCUCCCCACGUCCUCGAGCAUGCCGAGAAUUCCGCCAUGCAGUCUCCCACUAAUUCUCCCUUUAUGACUUGUAACCGUUGCUGUCGGUUGAGGCGCUGCACCCUAUAAAUACCUACCUUCAUGUUCUCUUUCCUUUGCUCGCCAUUUUUUAGAGAACCCAAGUGUUGUUCUUCUUUUUUUUCUUCUUUUCCUCCCACUUUACCGACGCCAUUAAUUCCGGUGAUUCUCUUAUCUUCUCCGUCUUCGGCUUUGCUGUUUUUGUUGGUGAGGUUUGCGACAGUCGUGGUUAGUUCUUUCUUUUACUUCUCUCUUCACCAACGUUCGUAUCUCCCCUUUCGCUUUCUGCCAUGGCUACUUAUUCUCCGUAAAUGACUGAAAAAAGGGAUGAUAAGAGAGUCUCCAAAGACUUGUCUGAUGAUGAUUUUAUUGAACAGUUGAAGGAAGAAUUCGGUCUUCAAAACUAUGAAGUGACCCUAGUCUCGGGCCAAACGGGUGUGUUGAAGAAGACCGAUGUCGAUAAGCAUGAACAGUCGUCCGAGGCGGUCAUCGUCACUCGUGGGAAGUUGGAACUUGGCCUUCGCUUUCCUCUAUACAACCCUGCCAGCCCUUUCUAAUAUGAGGUAUUGUCGCAGCUUCGUCCGUAUCGAGCCUUGACUCAGUGGAAUGGCAACACUUUCCGUCUAAUGAAUGAGUAGAGAGACCGACGCGAGGGUCGCGGCUCUACGGACGAUUGGUCGACCUAUAAGCCUGGAGACGCUCCCGAUAACACUUCUGCCAAUUUUAACAUUGAACUACCGAAGCGAUAUAGCUACCAAUGGCGACCUUGCUGGUUUUGCUGCUAGCCCUCACCGUCAGAAAUCUAUGCCCGAGGGUGUUGACAGAUUGAUGCUAGAUGAUGAUCCCCUUGGUAAAGGUUCCAACAAGCGUGCUCUCCACACCAAUGACCCAUACUGGGACCGAGUUCUACUUCUUUUUCGCGGCCAAAUUUUGCAUGGUAGCUUUCCUCAUCCUCAAUUUCCUGCAGAGCCUUAUCCAUUCUGGGUGAUUAACGAUGAUAGGGUUAAGCCUCAGGGCGAGCCUACCAAAUCGGCUUCUAUUUCCAAGAAUAGGAGUGCUGGCACAAGGGUCGAGGAAGACCAGGGGAAGAAAUUCCCUAGGCGCGAGGAUGAAGAUGUUGGAGGGUACGAUACUGUUGGUGGUGAAGGUUUGGUUCCAAGGCGUAAUCCUCCUCGGGGAAAGGUGGCGGCGAAGGUAGUGGUGCUGAAAAGCUCGGACAUUGUGAUCGACAUCCCCGAUCAAGAAGAUGAAGACGAUAUAUUCGGGGACGAGCAACUGUUUGAUGAGGAUGCUGGUGGUCAGAAGGAAGGGGAGGUUCCUGCGGAAACUGUUAUUGUGACUCCUAUCAUGCAGUCUGGAGCUCAGGGGCCGACCCGAACAUCGCUCCAAAAGCUGCCCCAGAAGGAUGUUGGGUCUCCCUCGGGUGUUCUGACAUCUUUUACCAUAUCGGGCCCUAUGUGUGAUUCUCUUGGCGCAUUACACUCGGAGGAGUUCGGCUCCUAUACUGAUGAGCAGAUGAUUGCUGCCGUGCCCCUGUAUCAUGACAUUGCGCCGGUCUUUGAUAAUCUGGCAUUGAAUCGGUCGAGGUUGGAGGCUGCACUCCGACGACAAGAGAUUAGGAAGUUGGAGGCUGCUCUUCAGCAGGAGAAGAAACGAUCUCGUGACCUGGAGAUCAAACUCGCCGAUGCUCAAGCCGAGCAGGGUCGUGCUAAGGAUCUGGAGCGAUAUGUGCACAACCUCGGGAAAGAGGUGGAGCAGUGGAAGAAGGCUGAAGGUGAGACGAAUGUUAAUAUCCAAGCCGCCGAGUCGAGGUCCGAGCAGCUUUCUCAGCAGAUUGUGGAUGAGAAAAACGCUCAUCAGAGCGAGCUUGCUGAGGAGAUCAAGGCCGGUGUAAACGAGUACAUCGCGCAAAAGCGCUGCGAGGUUGCUCAGAGGAAGGGAGGGGCCGGUGUUGUUCCACCCAGGAGUUGAUCACGCCUUUUGUAGUGUUGCGCCACUAAUUUUCCCUUUGUUGCGGGUUGUAAUUCGUUUGAACACUUGUCCCAUGCUUCUUUGAACAACUUCUUUUAAAUGGGGUGCUGCGUCGCCAAGCUUGUUUUUUCUUUUCUAUUUUCCUUGACAAUUUCCGCC